CAUAUCAUACAUACGUGAAACACUUGAUCAAUUCAAUUGCUUAGAACUAGUAUACAUUUCCAUAGAUUCUCCAGUUCUCGUGGGCUACCCAGGCAAACUGGGGAAAUCAACCAACAACCAAGUGACUGACGUGGGCAAUGAAUACUCGUCCAAGUACGGAGUGUUACCCUAUGUUUACUUGGGUUACCUCCUCAUUUCCACAUCUCACGAACUAUACCGAGCCAACAGAAGAGCCAGCACUUGUGGUGUUCAUGUGAUGUUCAUGUCUUAUCAUGUAUUAUCAUGUCAUGUCAACGCUGGAUUCGAGCACCAAAAUACCGAGGCUCGGAAGCGUGAUGGGAGUUUCGAAACACAGCUACUGAUUAGCUUAGCUAUGGUGACUGACCAUUUGUUGUGCUGGUCGUUCCUUAAUCUCGUCAGUCACUUGUACAAGCUCUCGAAGGGGGUCUGGGGUAUUUAUUUGCAUUCUCUCAUUCAUUGGCACUCGAUGCUGUACGAUGUAAGAGAGCGAUGAAUCCAUGAUGUGCUCCGGAGUCCGUACACUCUCUGUAGCAUGUACCAGGGGCACACAAACGGUACGGGGAGCAGUCGAUCCGUAUCGCAACCAUUACGCAGGUUUGCAGUCCGCCUCUCUCACCGUUAUUUGAGGGAUCUGAUGCCAUCUCCAUAAUUAAGCCAAAGCCUAACCGAGCUAACCUAACGAGCCAGCAAUAAGCUGCAGCGAAGAAUCUUCAGCUGCAGCUAAUCAAGCUCCAACAUACUUUGUACAGGACUAGGCAAUAAAGUACAGCAAAUGCAUGCAUCUGGGCGGAGUCUUUGCUCGAAACGAAUGGAUAAUUUUGUCCAUUUACCGGAUUUUUCCAAUCAUGACUCCUCAUUGACUCUUCAUUAUUAUUCACAUCAUCCAAUUCUUACCACCAAAACGGUCAAAUGUCAAAAUCGAGUUAUGUAGGUAAGAAAAUGCUCCACUCUGAGGUUUUUGGACGGAGUAGACUCUCGUGUUUCAUCGUGAGGCGAGAAGUUUCGCUGGCAAGUUCUUGAUGGUUGAUCCGCUUACCUUUUGCUUUGCAGAGUCCUUUUUUUUUGCUUGUGAAUUUCAUUUGCGGCAUGUUCAUGAUAGGAACCACGUCAGGUGAAAAUGGGAACAUUUUCAAGCGUCCCCAUUCUUAUCGAAUGAAAUGUACGCCUUGUUUUCCGAUGUGAAAAGGGAAAAGAGACGGAGUUGGAUAUUAUUAAAAAGGGAAUUGUUUAGAAGUCUACCGCUUUUGUUUGGAUAAUCGAUAAGCUCAAUCGUUGUGAAGUGGGAAUAUGAAUAUAUUUCACCGCAUAUCUUUCCUUUUCUUGUGCUUGCCGAUUGUUCAAGCUUCAUAUCUUCAUAUCUUUGAUAUUUUUCAUAUUGCAGCGUGAGAAGUGUGUUCAUAUAUCGUCAGUAUCAUUACAUAUUGAAGAGCUGCACGCACUACGCCUUUAUAUUCUUAACUUUUUCCCUGCAUUUCCUUACCGAUACUCUCCUCCCCGCCCCCUCGGUUUUAUUCUAGCUGCUGGACGGCUUGGUCAGUUGGUUACUUUUGCCACUAUCACAUUAUCAACACCGCUUUUUGGUCUCGUACCUAUUUUUAACUUGGCGGAAAGGCGGAAAGGUAUUCAUGUCCUGUUGCAAUAUAUUCAACUGUCUGCCUUCUUCUUCCAACCUUCUUCGAAAGUCGAGUGGUAAAGCGAAGCUUUCCAAUUCUUCAGAUAUGAGGAACGACGAUAAUUUGGCUUAUGGCACGAUGGAUACCGACCAAUCUCAGACGGGUACUGGUACCAAUGAACGAACUGAGAGGCCAAAGAAUGAUAGAAGAAAAACAACUUACACUUUCCCCAUCAAAAUCAUGCCCUCACCAAAAUCUGCAACUACAGCCAGCGCCAAUCUCACUCCGGAAUUCACAGAAUUCGAUACCCAGGCUUACUACAACGAAUCUCUAGAUUACAACUACAUAUCUUCCCGAUUUGCCUUUUCCCUUGGUUUAAAACCAGAUGCCGAUCGUGAAGCUAAGCCACGCUCAAAAUCUGUAUCGAAACCAAAAAUUCCCUUUAAGCCAAAGCAUCUAGCAAGAUCUCAAACCGCACCAGUUGCUGAAAUUAAGCCCCUUCAAAGAUCAAGGACAGAACCGCUUUCACGAAGAAUCUUCUCGCCUUUAGGUAGAGAAAGUAUCAUAGAAGAUACACCGCCUUCUACAUCUACAGCUCCAGCUCUUCCACCUAGAAUCCCACCCAGAAGAACUUCCACAACUGCUACUCUCGUACCUUCCAGUGCUCAAGCUCCUCCCAUUUUCUCGCUUUUGGAACCGACGCCAGAAGCAAUCUCAAGAUCGAAUUUAACUAGUCCGUUAUUUCCAGAUGCUAAUCUAAAUCCUUUCUCGCCAAGACCGGGAGCCACUUUUGGGGCGAUGGUUGUUGACACACCACCGAGAACACCACAAAGACCUCAAAUAUUACAUACACAAACAGAGGGCAACCCUAGUAUUUUCGAAGCAUUAAAUUCACAUCCUGUGAUUCCAUCCAUUACAAAUGUUCCGACAAUUCUGACUGAAGAGCCGGAAGGGAUGUCAGAAGAGCCAGAAGGUACAUCUUCUGGAACGGAACGAGAACGUGAUCUCGAAGGAAUGGGAACCGGUACUGGAAUUGGAAUGGGUUUUGGUAUCGGAGAAGAAAUUCGUGGUCGAGAGAUUUCGGAUCCAGAUUCCAUGACAGGUGAUCUAACACUUCAUUGGAAAUCUUCUCCUUUAUCACGUUACACACAACGGACCGUUUUCUGGAUCGUCCCAAAUGCGAAAUUUGAUCUCGUGUUUGGACACGAUGAAACGGAUUUCAAUAUUCCCAUACAAAAUCCUCCAAAGUGGGGUUUGAGCAAUUGGGGAAUUGGACAGGGGAGAGGAAGAAGAGGAGAAAGAAAUCAAUUCCGAGAGGGGAUUAGAAGAGGAGUUCUUAAACCAGUAGAGGAACAAAGUACCUUUUCGUUACUGUAUAGUGCGACGAAUUUGAUGGAUGCGUGGUUAAGACCACCUUAUCAGAUUAAUGGACGAGCACACUCGCAGCAUUCGGACUCGAAACCGCUGCUUUCGAAUGGCGAUGAAAAUGGAGGCAUUCAUGAAAUAUCAUUCACGUUACCGGAGUUGGAAUAUCAACUCAGGAAUGAGUUGAAGUGUACGGAUGAACGGAGACGCAAACAUGAGGGGAAGAGAGCAGUUAAUAUCUGGGAUGUUAGGGCCGGAAAGGCGGUUUUAGCCGAGCAAGCUAAGGGCGCUAGUGGAGAGAUUAGAAAGUUGGUGGGGGCCGUAGUAAAGGAUGUCAGGGAGAAUGGAGGCAAAAAAGCUGCGGAAAGUGGGAACAAGACUUUGGUUGGGAGAGCUCCUCGUGAGGAACCGGAAGUGGAAGCUGCACAUGAUAAAUUUGUAUAUGUGGAGAAUCCAAUUUCCGCAACUCCUGCUCCCGUUGUCUCAAAUGAAGAUGUCACAGCAGUCAGCAAACCACAAGCAGAAUCUUCCCCCGCCACCUCUCCACUCCUCCCCGCCGUCGCUCCUCUCCCUAACCCCCAAACCUUUGAUCUCUCCCCUACUACCGCCAACGAUACCGCAAAUCAAAGUCCCAGCUCCUCUCUCCGUGUCGAAUUCACAGAUGCGCAAUUGCAAGCACAGAUUCACGCGCAAAUGGAACGAGAAAUGGAACGUGAAAUGGAGCAGGAUAUGGAACGCGAAAUGCAGGCGCAAAUUGAAGCUGAGAUGAACGCUCAAUCCCAAGCUCACUCUCCAUCUCACGACGAGGUAAGAGAUGAAGUGAGAGAUUUGCCACCCGCGCUUCCUCCCCGUCCUAGAAGAUUCGAAAGAUCCUCAACUUUUGAUUUCGGAUCUGGAGAUGCAAAGGCAAAUGAUGAGCCACCCAGACGCUUAUUAGCCCGCUCUUCAACUUUUGAUUCUCCAGCUUCUUUCACGACCUUGAGAAAGUCAGAUCGUGAUAUACAUGCUUCUAUCUCGGCACUUCGUUCGGCUCAUAAUGACGAUGAGGAUGAUGAGGAAAAUGAAGCAAUGUCUGAGAUUAUGGUUUCGCGCAUCCCGGUUCGUGAGUUAGUUUUAGAGGAGGAAGUCGAAUUUAGUGUUCUUCCAGAUCGAAGUUUCGGGACCCUGAAAGAGAGAUUCGAGAUGAUGUGGCAGGGAGAGGAUGAGAGAGUGCAUUCUGAGAGGAAGAUCUGGAGAGGGAAGUUUAGAGGGGUGUUGGAAGAGUUGUGUAGAGUUGUUGCAGAGAAGUGAGGUGUGAUGGGAUGAGGUGAGAGGGAAAUUUGAGAAGGAGAGCAAAGGGAGAUAGGAAUCGAAAAGAGAGUCACUGUGUUUGUUAUAUGAACACGAUUCUCUACUCGGUCUGGAAUGUUGGGCGGGGCGAGUGGAGAGGGGGGAUCCACUUUGACAGCGCAGCUGGCGAAGUUGUGAGGAUGUGGAAUGGUGAUGCGGGGGGGGCUUGGCGGUUUGGGAUAGCAUGGAUAGCAUGGAUGGGAUGGAAUUUCUUUUUUCUACUUCUUUUGUUCCUUUGGCUCUGGACUUUACUUGACAGGACUUGUGGUUGUGGUUGGUUUGUGGUUGGCUUUCACUCGCUUUGUUACCUAUUUGUUUAUUUGGUUCUUGUUUGGUUGUUUACUUGUUUGCUGAAUGGAUCGGCUUGCUUGGGUUUGCUGAGUUCGUACAUAUCACUAUCUAUAUCAUGGGAAUUUUGGGAUGGGUUUUGAGGAAUGGAUGGGUGUUUACGGCGCUCUUUUUUCUUUUGAUUUCUUGGAAGGGACUUGUGGAUUGCAUUGAUGGAUGAUGGAUGAUGGAUGAUGGAUGGAUGGGAUGUUUUCUUUUGUUUGAUGGAGGGAUUGAUGAUGAUAUAUGAGAUGGAUGAUGAGACUGAUGAAACUGAGUGAGAUUGAUAAGAUGAGUUGAUAUACCUAUACCUAUACCUAUACCUAUAGUCUGUAUGAGAAAUGAUAUACAAGAUUCCAUACCAC